AUGAUGGCAAUGAUGAACCAUUAUCUACAGAGCAGACUCGGUCGGCAUGAAGCACGUUUGCAUGGAGAGAGAGCUGCACCGAGUGUCUUCGUCUGUCAGCACUGUAACAAGGUCUACAAUGCACACAGUCAGCUGAGGGAGCACAUUGAUGUUGUUCACGAGAAUCUUCGACCAUUCAAAUGUGAGCAAUGUGGCAUGGAAUUCGGUCGAGCUGGAGGCCUUCGACGUCAUGACAUGAUGGUGCAUCAGCAAAAGAAGCAUGCAUGUCCUUACGAAGGCUGUAAUCAUCCUGGAUAUAAGUGUACCAAAGCUUUAGCUGCUCAUAUUCGUUCUGUACACACACUUGACCGGCCAUUCGCUUGCUUAUUUUGUGAGAGGACAUUCGUUCGCAAGAACGAUCUUAAAGUUCAUGAGCUGACCCACUCAACACAAUGCGAGUUCAUAUGUAAGAAAUGCAACAACUGUGAGUUAUGCGAACAUAUCGUAGUCCAAUAUUGA